AUGGACAGGGUUUUGGAGACCGUUGUGAAAAUUACGCCCAUGGCGAAUUGGACGUCCGAUUGGACUAGAAUAGCGGUCGCCGCGGCGGUCAUUUACGUGCUGUCGAGGAUCGCAAAGUACUACAGUGGAUUGCAGGCUGUGGGCUACCUCCCCGGCAAGCGAUGCGCGUAUCCGCCCCUGUCCUUCCUGGAUAUGAUAAGCCCGUGGGGCAAGGGUCUGCGCUACCUAUGGAACACCCGGUUCCACGACUUUUAUGCGGAGUACGGAACAGACACCAUCUCUGUCGUCCCGUGGUUCGCUAGCACGCCGCAGAUCCACAGCGCGGACAUGGAGGUGCUGCGCCAGCUCAUGUCUGGCGGGGUCAAGUCUCCGUGGUUCAAAUUCCGGAGUCCUGUCAUGGAAGAGUGGGGCCACAGUUUGUUCACUGUCGAAAGGGAAGAAUGGCAGAAACAUCGGAAGAUUUUGGCUCCUGCGUUUAGUAGCGAGAUGUACGCUUACGUCUGGGAUCAGGCUGUGCGGGCGUACCAUGAUAUGAUUGCACAUGAGGGCUGGGCGGACCAGGACACCGUCGAGAUAACCGUUCUGCAACGGCUCACGUCCAAGCUUGCCUUCCUCCUGCUUGCCGUCUGCGGGUUCGGGUUGGACGCGUCCUGGUCCGAUCCGACCACCACCAGUACCGGGGGCAUGACCGUUCCCCAUGCGCUGCGAAUCUUCGUGAUGCCCUCGAUCGCCGUGCUCCUCCCGAAAUGGAUGCGGUGGAUCCCCCUCAAACAGGUGCGCGACUUCUGCCACGCGCGCGGCCUGUUGGACCAGUACAUGCGGACUCAGGUGAAUGAGCGGAGAAAACUCGUAAAGAGCCAGAUUGAGCUGAACGAAGAAGGCAGUCGUGACAUAUUCAGCGUGCUCGUGCGCGCAAAUGAACUCAAUGCGCGGUCCGUCGACACUCAAAAGCUGACAUUGUCUGACGGCGAAGUGAUCUCGAACGUUUUCCUCAUGCUAUUUGCGGGGCACGAGACCUCGGCCGAGACCCUCGCGGCGACGUUUGCUCUCCUGGCUGUCCACCAGGACGUGCAAGAGGUAGUGUAUCAACAAAUCAUUGACGUGGUCGGAACCGGGCGAGAUCCUACGCCCGGCGAAUACCAUCAGCUGGACAAGGUGCUGAACGCGUUCUACGAGGCAAGCCGCAUGUUCCCUGCGUCAUUUUCUGCCGCGCGCGUCGCCGCCGAGGACAGCACGCUGGUCGUCCCCAAUGCGCACGGAUCGGGCAGGGAGGGCAGGAUCAUAGUCCGGAAGGGCGUAUUAGUGGUGGGGGAUACGUUGGGGAUUGAAUACAACCCGCGUUACUACCCGGAGCCGGAGAAGUUCCUCCCCUCACGUUGGGAGGGUGAUGACAAGACGGACCUGGUGUCCUCGUUCGGCGUUGGGCAGCGCACCUGUAUCGGGAGACGGUUCGCGACUACGGAGGCGGUGGCGUUCCUCACGAUGUGGUUGCGUGACUGGAAAGUUGAGCCGCUGUUGAAGCCGGGCGAGAGCGUGGACGAGUGGACGGAGAGGAUCGUCGAUGCACGGUUCUUCCUUACGCUUGGGAUUCAGGAUGUGCCGGUGCGGAUGAAGCGCAGGGCGCAGGUGUGA